CCGGGCGCCGCCGAGCCUUCCGCCUGCCUGGAGGCGGCCACGCGUGCCUGGCGCGGCCUGCGGGAGCGCGGCGAGGCCGUGCCGCUGGGCCCUGGAGUGCCCGCCCUAGUGGGCAACGGCUUCCUGGCGCUGGACGUGACCUCCAACCGGCUGUGGGUGACUCCCGGGGAGCGGGAGCCCGCCGUGGCGCCGGACUUCGCGCCCUGGGUGCAGCUGCGCCCGCUGAACGCUCUGGCCGAGGCGGCCGAGGCGGUGCUGCUGCUGCGGGAGGGGCUGCUUCGCCGGGUGCGCUGCCUACAGCUCGGCGCUCCGGGCCCCGGCCCUGCCGCCGCCGGCGCGGGUCCUGCCUCGGCCGCUGGCCUCUCCUCCGGCGCUGGCCGCGACUGCGUACUGCUGCAGGAAGACUUUCUGGCGCACCGGGGCCGACCCCACGUCUAUCUGCAGCGCAUCCAGCUCAACAACCCGACGGAGCGUGUGGCCGCACUGCAGACUGUGGGUCCCACCGCCGGCCCGCUGCCCAAGGCCUUCACCAGUACUCUGGAGAAGGUCGGAGACCAUCAGUUUCUCCUCUACUCCGGCCGGUCCGCCGUCUUUCCCGCGGGCCCGGUGCACCUGGUCGUGGUGGCCGCCAAGAAGCUGGUGAACCGGCUUCAGGUGGCUCCCAAGUCGCAGCUGGACGAGACGGUGCUGUGGGUAGUACACAUCUCCGAGCCCAUCCUCCCCCAGCUGCUCAAAAUCAGAGCAGCCAAGGAGCUCAAGGUUCUCCAGGACUUGGCCCGGAAGGAAAUGCUGGAGCUCUUGGAGAUGCCGGCAGCUGAGCUGCUUCAGGACCACCAGCACCUCUGGGCUCAGCUCUUCAGCCCAGGGGUGGAAAUGAAGAAGAUCACUGACAUGCACACACCGUCGGGCCUGACUGUGAACCUGACACUCUACUACAUGCUGUCCUGCUCACCAACCCCGCUGCUCAACCCCUCCCUGAACCGCCGGGAGCGGGAGCAGAUGGAGGCCAUGCUCAGCUACGAAGACCACUGCUUCAGCGGCCACGCCACCAUGCAUGCUGAGAACCUGUGGCCAGGCCGGCUGGGUUCGGUGCAGCAGAUCCUGCAGCUCUCUGCCCUGUGGAGGCUGACCCUCCAGAAGCGCGGCUGCAAGGGGCUGGUGAAGGCAGGUGCCCCCGGCAUCCUUCAGGGCAUGGUGCUCAGCUUCGGGGGGCUGCAGUUCACUGAGAACCACCUACAGUUCCAGGCUGACCCCGAUGUGCUGCACAACAGCUAUGCGCUGCAUGGGAUCCGCUACAAGAACGACCACAUUGACCUGGCCGUGCUGGCAGACGCUGAAGGCAAGCCCUAUCUGCAUGUGUCUGUGGAGGCCCGCGGGCAGCCCGGCAAGAUCUACGCCUGUGAGGCAGGCUGCCUGCAGGAGCCGGUGGAGCUCACAGCUGCACCCGGUGGCCACACCUUCUCCGUCAUGGUGACGCAGCCCAUCACACCGCUGCUCUACAUCUCCACAGACCUCACGCACCUGCAGGACCUGCGGCACACGCUGCAUCUCAAGGCCAUUCUGGCCCACGACGAGCACAUGGCUCAGCAGGACCCUGGGCUGCCCUUCCUCUUCUGGUUCAGCGUGGCCUCUCUCAUCACCCUCUUCCACCUCUUCCUCUUCAAACUCAUCUACAACGAGUACUGCGGGCCCGGAGCCAAGCCCCUCUUUAGGAGCAAGGAAGAUCCCAGUGUCUGAGGGAUUUCAGUCUGUGCUCAGCCACCAUUUGCACAGAUAGCACUGGGCACUCUGCGGCUGCGAGCGGGGUCCUCCGGAGUACCCACCCUUUGUGCCUUGUCCGGGACAGCGACGCGACAGCGAUGGUGGAUACAGGUCGGCAUCGGAAGGACGAGAGCCGCGCAGGGAGGGAGGGGCCGCGGGCAUCGCGCGAGCUUUCUGCUCAGCGAAGUGAACUGGUAGGGAAUACUUGAAAUUGAACUCUCUCUCCUUCCUUUCUCCCUGUUCCUGUCCCAGGAAGCACCCCCUUUUCAAAAGACUCGUUUAGAAAAUGGUGUUCUUUUCCUCACCUAAUGUGUCCCCCCCCCUCCCCCCCCCCCGUACCGGGAAUCGAACUCACGACCUUGCAUUUGCCAGGCAGGUGCUGUGCCGCUGAGCUCUUAUCUCCGGCCCAAUGCAUUCUUUCUUGAAUGAAUUUUCUAAUUUAUUUUUGUUGGGAUCUCGCUAGGUCUAGGUAGUGAGUGCUGGCAGCAACGCCCGACCCCCAGGGGCUUGGCCUCCUCUCAGGGGACAAUGUGGCCACCCUGUCCCCUGGGUUUGCACAUUGACUCCUAUCAUGAGCCUGUGGACAGCUGUGGUUUUGUACUUUUGGGCUUCGGGGUGUUUAACUUUUUAGUGAUUGAUGAUUAUUGGGAUUUGAAAUACCAAAGCUUUUUUUUGUUCUGUUUUUAAAUAAACUUUCAAAUUUCCCUGAC